AAGGGAAACGAAAGCAAUGAAGUGUGUGGAUUGCGAGCUAUUGCAGAACUCUGUUCUCAGGAUCCAUUAUUUUAACAUUUGGGAGAAACACAUCCGAAAGGUGCACCAUUGACCGAGGAGGCCGGGAGAAUCUGAAGACUCCGAUGACAUCAGAGCCAGUUUUCAGCAACCUUCUCAGCUUCCUUUCCCACAUAGCAGAGGCUCAGCCCGGAGACAGACGAUACUGACAUGUACAUUUGGUGAGCAACAAACGAUGAAGAAAGACCAACAGUAUAGUCCCUGAGAAGGGCUGCCUGCGUGCCACUACAUACCUCUGUGUUAAGGGCGGAGUUCCGGCUGCUCCUUGCCUAGCUGCUGAUGAGUGCUGGGGUCUGCAUUGCUGGCUGCCUGCCUCUUGCCUGUCACUGCCAGACGACAUCCCGGUCAGAAUGUAACUGCACAUCCCUCCCUGAUCGCUAGUGAAGGUGACCGACUGAUAUUGACUUCCUGAAGUUGGGUCUUACCAGGUGAAACAAAGCAUCUUCAAAGUGAAUAGAAGCCACGCCCCUGUGAACACUUGUAUUGAACAUGACUCAUGGAGAAGAGCUUGGCUCUGAUGUGCAUCAGGAUUCUAUUGUUUUAACUUACCUAGAAGGAUUACUAAUGCAUCAGGCAGCCGGGGGAUCAGGUACUGCCCUUGACAAAAAGUCUGCCGGCCACAACGAAGAAGACCAGAACUUUAACCUUUCUGGCGGUGCCUUCCCCUCCUGUCAAAGCAAUGGUCCCACGCUCAAUACACACACAUACCAGGGAUCCGGCAUGCUGCAUCUCAAAAAAGCCAGACUGCUGCAGUCUUCUGAGGACUGGAACGCGGCAAAGCGGAAGAGGCUGUCUGAUUCCAUCGUGAAUUUAAACGUGAAGAAGGAAGCUUUGCUGGCUGGCAUGGUUGAGAAUGUGCCUAAAGGCAAGCAGGAUAGCACGCUACUGGCCUCUUUGCUGCAGUCAUUCAGCUCCAGGCUCCAGACUGUUGCUCUGUCACAGCAAAUUAGACAGAGCCUCAAAGAGCAAGGAUAUGCCCUCAGCCACGAUUCCUUAAAAGUGGAAAAGGAUUUAAGGUGCUACGGGGUGGCCUCAAGUCACUUAAAAACGCUGCUGAAGAAAAGUAAAACCAAGGAGCAAAAGUCAGGUCCCACCCCCCCUGAUGUGACUAAAAACCUCAUCAGAGACAGCUUUGCGGAGUCACCUCAUCAUGUCGGACAAAGUGGGGCAAAGGUCAUGAGUGAACCUUUGUCAUGUGCAGCGAGAUUACAGGCUGUUGCCAGCAUGGUGGAAAAAAGGGCUAGUCCUGCCACCUCCCCCAAGCCUAGUGUUGCCUGCAGCCAGUUAGCGCUGCUCCUUUCGAGCGAAGCUCACCUGCAGCAGUACUCGCGGGAGCAUGCUCUAAAAACCCAGAAUGCACACCAAGCAGCAAGCGAAAGGCUUGCUGCCAUGGCCAGAUUGCAAGAAAAUGGUCAGAAGGAUAUCAGCAGUUUCCAGCUCCCCAAAGGGGUGUCUGGCCAUCUCAAUGGACAGGCCAGAACCUCCUCAUCAAGCCGACCGGUGGCUAGCAAGAAUAACGCAACAUCAUUUCAGAAUCCAAUGGGUGUUGUUCCGUCUUCCCCCAAAAGCACGGGCUAUAAAACCCCGCUGGAAAAGAACAACAUAAAGCAAGCCGCUAAUAACAGUUUGCUCUUACACCUGCUCAAGAGCCAGACCAUACCCACGCCGAUGAACGGGCACAGCCAGAGCGAGAGAGGCAGUCGUUUCGAGGAGAGCAGCACACCCACGACAAUGGACGAGUACUCUGAUAACAACCCUAGCUUCACAGAUGAGAGCAGCGGAGACGAAAGCUCCUACUCCAACUGCGUUCCCAUAGACUUGUCCUGCAAACACCGCAUUGAAAAGCCAGACGCCGACAGACCCGUGUCUCUUGAGAACCUCACUCAGUCCUUGCUAAACACCUGGGAUCCCAAGGUCCCUGGGGUGGAUAUCAAAGAAGAUCAAGAUACCUCAAAAAAUUCCAAGCUGAAUUCACACCAGAAGGUCACUCUUCUUCAGCUGCUACUUGGCCAUAAAAGUGAAGAAAACGUUGAAAGGAAUGCCAGCCCUCAGGAAGUCCACUGUGAUGUGACUAAGUUCAAUCCGCAGAAUUACACAAGGACUUCUGUCAUUGAAAGCCCCAGUACAAACAGGACUACCCCUGUGAGUACUCCACCACUGCACACAGCCGCCAAAGCCGAGUCUCCCAUCAAUCUUUCGCAGCCCUCGCUGGUCAUCAAGUGGAAUUCCCCGCCAUAUGCCUGCAGUACCCCCACUUCAAAACUAACCAGUGCUGUGGCUGGCCACUUGAUGGACCUCACCCAAAGCAAAGAAUCGCCCGCUGAGAAACCAGCCCCAAGUGAGAGUGCACAAAAUUCGACCACGUUCAGUGCCAGUAAACUGUUACAAAAUUUGGCCCAGUGUGGAAUGCAGUCUUCCAUGCCCGCGGAAGAUCUCAGACCCAGCAAACAGCUGCUAAGUGGAAACACAGACAAACCUCUUGGUGUGAUUGAUAGGUUAAAUAGCCCUCUGCUCUCAAAUAAAACAAAUGCAGUUGAAGAAAACAAAGCCUUCAGCAGUCAGCCAGUGGGACCUGAUCCGCCACUUCCUGGUUGUGAGAUAGAAAAUCUGCUGGAAAGACGCACGGUCCUCCAGCUGCUCCUGGGAAAUUCCAGCAAAGGGAAGAACGAAAGGAAAGAGAAAGUUGCUUUGCGUGACGAGGCUACUCAGGAGCAUCCGGAGAGAUCUGGAAGUGAACAAAUACUGAUGGUGAAAAUCAAAUCCGAGCCUUGUGAUGACGUCCAGCUUCACAGCGCAGGUGUGCAUUUAAACCACGAAGCUAAGAGCGCCGCCUUCUUCGGCGCCACUCCCACCAUGCGGAGGAGUACAGCUGCCUUACCAGUAUCCGAGGACUUGAAAUCGGAGCCCACCUCGCCUCAGGAUUUUUCUUUCUCCAAGAAUGGUCUGUUAAGUCGGUUGCUGAGACAGAAUCAAGAGAGUUACGCAGCAGAAGAUCAGGAGCGGAGUCACAGAAAUAGUGAGCCGACACCCCUGGAAUCGAAGAACUUCUGCAUGGUCCCCAAGAAAAGGAAGCUUUAUACGGAGCCGCUCGACAAUCCGUUUAAAAAAAUGAAAAAUAGUGCAGUAGAGACCGCCAGUAAUCACAGCGCCCCGGAAGUGCUCUAUGGGUCCUUGCUUAAUCAGGAAGAGCUGAAAGUUAGCCGAAAUGAUCUUGAGUAUAAGUACCCUGCUGGUCAUAGUUCAGCCAGUGAGAGUGAACACAGGAGUUGGGCCAGAGAGAGCAAAAGCUUCAAUGUUCUGAAACAGCUGCUUCUCUCAGAGAACUGUGUGCGCGAUUUGUCUCCGCACAGGAGUAACUCGGUCGGCGACAAUAAAAAGAAAGGACACAAAAACAGUGUGCCCAGUAGCAAACCCGAAUUCGGCAUUUCUUCUUUAAACGGACUGAUGUAUAGUUCCCCUCAGCCCAGCAGUUGUGUGGAUAAUAGGACAUUUUCAUAUCCGGGAGUGGUAAAAACUCCGCUGAGCCCUCCUUUCUCAGAGCACUUGGGCUGUGUGGGGUCCAGACCAGAACCUGGGCUUUUGAAUGGGUGUUCCAUGCCCAUGCCCAACGAGAAGGGACCCAUUAAGUGGGUCAUCACAGAUGUGGAUAAGAGUGAAUACGAGAAAGACUCCCCAAGACUGACCAAAACCAACCCCAUCCUCUAUUACAUGCUCCAGAAAGGAGGAAAUUCUGUUACCACUCGGGAAACACAGGACAAAGAACUCUGGAGGGGGCCUUCCUCUGCUGAGAGUGUCUCACAGGUUACAGUCAAAGAAGAGCUGCUUCCUGCAGCAGCAACUGACGGCUCCUUCUUCAAUCUAAGAAGCCCUUACAAUAGCCAUAUGGGAAAUAAUGCUUCCCGCCCACACAGUACAAAUGGAGAAGUUUAUGGGCUUCUGGGAAGCGUGCUCUCCAUAAAAAAAGAAUCAGAAUAACGCGUACCUGCCAUAUCACUUUGGAUCUUUUUAAAAUUAAUCAGUAUGAACUUGAGAUCUGUAUAAAUAAGAGCAUGAUUUGAGAAAAGCAUGGUAUAACUGAAACUUCUUCAUUUUGAGAGUAUUGGUUACUGGUGAUGUUUCAAUAUGCAUACUAAUUUUUGCUUAACAUUAGAUGUCCUGAGGAAGCUAUUGAGCUAGAAGUUGGUUGUUUACUGCUUCUGUAUGUGUCAGAUAACAGCUGUGAGUAGCCAAUGAAUGGAACUAUUUUAUAACCAUAAAUCUGAGGCAUACGUUAGAAUGCAAAACUCCAUCAACAGUGGAUUGAUGCAGUUUGCUUGCUCUCUUUAUUAGGGUACUUCAUUUCGCAUCUCAGAAGUCAGCCUACAUAGCGUGUUUUUAAAGUCCAAAUUGUUAACUAUCUGAAAGAUAAUCAAAUUAAGAGAAACACAGAAGCCUUGUGCUGAGUCACAUCUCCUCAGUCCAAAAGUUAGGAAAAGGAAUGCUUACAUUUUUCAAUUUUGCUAAACAAAAAUUCUUUUUAACUCUUGGAACAAGUUUUGAGAUUCCCAUUGUCUGCCCCACCCCAGACCUUUUCAAUAUGUAUUUCUUUGAACCUUGUACUAUUUAGUAAAAAUUGAUUACAAUUGAGGGGAGUUUAAUAGAUCCUUAACAAUAAAAGGCAGAUUUCCAUUUUUUUAUAUUUUGACUACUAAAUUAAUACCUCCUCCUUUUGCAAAUUUCAGGAAGGCAGUGUUCAUCCUCAGGCGGUUGCCUGAAUAAUUGACUACUUAGAAAUAGUUUUUAACAAAAGCAAAACAAAUUUUCUUCUGACAGUUUUCACCAUCUCUUGUGAGAGUUACUCCUCACCAUCCCUGUGGUACCUGGAAAUCUUAGGACCAGGAUUUCUUAAUCCUGGGCACAGAAACUGCAUUAGGACCAUCUGGAGCAGAUUGCUGGGCAGCAUCUCAGGUCUACAGAACAGGUUUUCUGCUGGACCUGGGAGGCUCCAGCCUGCAUCUUUAUAUGUUCUGUAUGUGUUUAAAAACCACGGCCUACAACUUUGCCGGAACAUGGAACUUUAAAGAAACUAUUUGAUGCCUAUAUUUUCCCCCAAUACAGUCACACAUCAACUCAAAAUUUGCAAUAUUGUAGUUCCUAUAUUGCUGUUAUAUCUUUGGAAAUCAGGUUCAGAAUACUUUUUAUGACAAAACAAAUCAGGUAGAGGGGACAAUUUUCCUAUCUGGGUCAACAUCUCAGGAAAAAUCUGUGAUUAUUUAUUUGUUCUAAUUAGUAACAUCGACUUAAUUAGCCUUAGGGAUGGAAUAACAGGGCCACUUAGCAAACUCAGGUGAUCCCAGGAUGGUUAGGAAACUUCUCCUGAAUACAUCCUUCCCUUCUCUUCAAACCAUCUUCUGCAGAACAGUGCUUAUGAAGAUAGCAGUUUAAACCCAAGGAAGACAUUAAACUCAGAUUGCCUGGAAAAAAAUCACAGGGCACUUUUCCAUGACAGAACCUACAUGGUCACUUCACGACACCAACUCAUUCUAGACGUAUUGAAAGUAAACACUGAUAGUGUCUUGGAAGAUCUUACUCUGUAAUUGAGCCACAUGGAAUUUCGACCCUAAAACAGGUUGGGUUUUGAGUUCAGUUUUACAGCCCACAAUUCACCUACCAGACAAUAUUUUCCCUUCGGUCUUGAACCAGGUUAGCAACCGACUUAAUCAAAAAAUUACUGUGUACUCUAUAAUUAAGUAGGAGGAAGUUUAUUUGAAGUUGUUGUAUGUACUUGAAGCUGUUUCUAAGGUUUUUUAUAUUGCAAAUGGACAUUAUUUCUUAAUUAUCUAAAAUUCUAAAUGCUUAUUUUUUUUCUCAAGAUGAUUUGUAAAUAGUUAAUGGAUAUGUUCUAUGGUAAUCGGAGUGUAUAUUAUGCUACACAGAGGGAGAGGAAAGCCUAUGCUUAUUCUGAUAUGAAAAAUUCCACUGGCCAGUGAAGAUACUUUACUCCAUGUCCAUACUGUGACAAUCUCAUUGUCUACACUAUAUAAAUAAGCUUUACACUAAGUCAUAUUUCUCGGUUAUUGUGAAAGGGCUAGGGCCUUAGAAAUCUGUUGUAGGAUGCUGGUGUUCAUCCUCAGUUGGAGGCAAUGGGCUUCUUACAAAGUGACGCAGCACUUCGGUCAGGGAACCGUCCAGAGCCACCAUUGCUUUGUUUUGUUUGUUUUUUGUAACACGAAGGCCGUUGUUGGAAUGGGAAUAUGUAAUGCAGAAAUAAAUAUGACCGUAAAGAAUACUGUUCUGACUUACUAGAGAAUACCCGCACAGUGAGGUUAGUGUAAUCUUAAUGAAGAGAAAGGGCAUACAUCGUCCAAUUUACUUUGUUUAUGCGUAUGUAGAUUCAAAUAUGCACACAUACACAUUUUCAAGGACUAUUUUCGAUAUCUAGGCAAUUUCUUCCUAAUAAAGUCAUUUGUGAAAGGGGACUGCAGCUCUCAUUGACAUCGGUAAGGUAGCACUACCUGUUUAUUCUCUGCACAUCUUACAGAGGGAUAAACUGGUGAGAAUAUAUAUUUUCUAUAUAUAUAUAUAAAAUGUGUAUAUAUAUAUAUUGACUUGUUAAAUGAAGAUGUUAAAAUUGGUUUUUAAAGGUAAUGUAAAUAGUGAUUUCCUUAAUGAAAAAAAUACAUAUUUUGUAUUGUUCUAAUGCAACAGAAAAACCUUUUAAUUUCUUUGGUUCCUGUAUAUUCCAUGUAUAAGUGUAAAUAUAAUCACACAGGUUUUAAAAAAUUGUGCAUGUAUGUAUACAGUUGCAAGUCUGGACAAAUGUAUAAAAUAAACUUUUAUUUAAGUUGUGAUUACCUGCUGCAUGAAAAGUGCAUGGGGAACCCUGUGCAUCUGUGCAUUUGGCAAAAAAAAUGUCUUACCAAGUCAGAUCAGAUGUUCAUCCCAACACGACAGUAUUCCAUUUCUGGACAUGACUUCUGUGGCUUACACUUUGUGAGAGAAUGUGCUUUCAAUCCAAGGGUCUUAAUUUAAAAAAAAAAAAUCAACCACUUUCAACAUAAGAAUUCACAGAACUUCACAAAUCUUAAAAUCCCAUUGGAAACAUUACAGCCAGUGUUCCUGCAGGCACAGUACCAUUUAUGGUUUGAAUUCUGGGGUUUGCAACCAGUUUCGAUGCAAUCCACUUAGUAAUAUAAUUUGCCAUUUUUAUUAGAAAUUUAAUUUCUUCAUAUGGUAUCAUGAAUUGUACAUACUGCAGUGUGAAUUUUUUGUUUUGUUUUUUUUUAAUCUUUUAGUGUUUACUUCCUGCAGUGAAUUUGAAUAAAUGAGAAAAUGCAUUGUCUCUAACUUGAAA